CUACCUUCAGGCUUCAGCAGUUCAGCUCUAACAAGCAAACCCCAUUUCCACGCUUUCAUCCAAAAGCUCAAACUCAACCAUCGUCGUCUUCUUCUUCUUCUUCUUCUACCAGCACCCAACCUCCGCCGUCGUCUCUCCUCCACCAUGGCAGCAACUCCCCCUCCCUCCUCCCUCAACUUCUGUACACUCCUCACCGAAACCAAACGCAUCGUCGGCGCCCACUCCCGCCACUUCCUCGCCCUCUCCCUCCUCUUCCUCCUCCCCAUCCCCUUCUCCUCCGUCCUCUGCCAUUCCCUCCUCUCCCAUUACCCCACCAACUCCCAACAAUUCUUCCUCACUUCCCAUUCUACCCCCCUCCCCGCUAUGCCCCUCCUCCUCGCCCUCGCCUUCGCCCUCUUCGUCCUCCUCUUCUCCCUCUUCGCCCUCGCCUCCAUCACCUACAGCGUCUUCCACGCCUUCUACGGCCGCCCCGUCAAGUUCUUAUCCGCCGUCAACUCCAUCAGAGUCUCCUUCUGGCCGCUACUGGGUACUGCCCUUGCUUCCCUGCUCGUCUUCUCGCUCGUCCUGAUUGUUGCCGGGCUGUUCUUGUUUUUGAUGAUCGGCGGGUUUGAGAUGUUUGGGUUUGAAAUGGAGGUAGUUUCGCCUUAUUGUGUCGGACUGUUCAUCGUAUGUCUUGCUGUUGCGGUAUUAUAUCUUCAACUGAACUGGACUCUGGCUGGGGUAGUUGCCGUCGUCGAACCGCGGUGGGGGUUUGAUGCACUGAGUCGGAGUGCGAGUUUGAUCAAGGGAAUGCGAGGGGUGGCGGUGUCGUUGAUUGUGUUUUUCCACUUUUUCGGGUUUUGUAGCGGGAUGAGUUGGUGGUCGGUUUAUUUGAAGAGGGAGUGGGACGUUUCGGGAAAUGUGGUACAGAUUGUGUGUUAUUCGAUGGGUGCUAUGGUGAUGCUGCUGUAUCAUUUGGCUGCGAAUACGGUGUUGUAUAUGUACUGCAAGGCUGUGCAUGGCGAGCUUGCGUUGGAGAUUGCUGAAGAGUUUGCGUCUGAAUAUGUGAGCCUGCCCUUUGAUGAUGGCAAGGUUCCUCAUGUUGUUUCGGUUGCCUAUGUUCAAUGAGGAUGAGGUUAGUCACCACUGUGGGAGUUGAUUCUCAAUCAUUUUGUACUUGUUAGUGUUGGUGUGAUCAAAAUAGUGAAUAAUGCAAACUAUAUGAUACUUGUGUAUAUGAUGUUGUGGUUUGAAAUGUAAGAUAUCUGUGAUUGGUUUUUUUAAAUUUUGGUCAUAGUUUAUCUUUUAAAGGUGGGAAUGGAUGUCUUUAUUGUCUUCAAAUCUCGA